AUGGUCUUCACGUACGCUAUACCUGUGGAUAUGGGCUACCUCGACGAUGAAGAGCAGAUAUACUUGGAGGAUGUGGCUGCUGUUAAGAAGUGGUGGGAAGAUUCAAGAUGGAGAUACACCAAGAGACCUUUCACGGCGGAGCAGAUUGUCCAGAAGCGAGGAAAUCUAAAGAUUGACUAUCCCAGCAACGCCCAAGCAAAGAAAUUAUGGAAGAUUGUUGAAGGAAGAUUUGCAAACAAAGAUGUAUCCUUCACGUAUGGCUGCCUAGAGCCGACCAUGCUUACUCAGAUGGCCAAAUUCCUCGAUACGGUUUAUGUCUCUGGAUGGCAGUCCUCCAGCACCGCUUCCUCCACCGAUGAGCCCUCCCCUGACCUUGCGGAUUACCCUAUGAACACCGUGCCUAAUAAAGUCCAUCACCUCUGGAUGGCUCAGCUAUUCCAUGACCGCAAACAGCGCGAAGAACGACUCACCACUCCCAAGAGCGAGAGAGCCAAUGUUGCCAACACAGAUUUUCUCCGUCCUAUUAUCGCUGAUGCAGACACUGGUCAUGGUGGGCUUACCGCAGUCAUGAAGCUUACCAAGCUCUUCGUGGAGAAUGGGGCUGCAGGAAUUCACAUUGAAGACCAAGCUCCCGGCACAAAGAAAUGUGGUCAUAUGGCUGGCAAAGUUCUCGUCCCUAUUUCCGAGCACAUCAAUCGCCUAGUCGCAAUCCGCGCACAGGCAGACAUCAUGGGCUCUGACCUGUUGGCCGUAGCUCGAACAGACUCUGAAGCAGCGACUCUGAUCACAUCGACUAUCGACCAUCGAGACCACUCAUUCAUCCUCGGCGCCACCAAUCCUUCCCUUCAACCCCUCAACGACCUCAUGGUUGCCGCAGAGCGAGCGGGGAAGAUGGGCGAGACUUUGGCAAAUAUUGAAGAGGAAUGGAUAAAGUCCGCUCAGCUCAAGCUCUUCGAUGAAGCAGUCAUUGACGCCAUCAGUGCGGGCGUGCAUGUCGAUAAAGCAUCUUUGAUCAAAAAAUACAAGGAUGCCGUAAAUGGCAAGUCCAAUUCCGAGGCCCGUGCAAUUUCAAAAGGGUUGACUGGUGUUGACAUUCAUUGGGAUUGGGACGCACCAAGAACACGUGAGGGAUAUUACAGAUAUCAGGGUGGAUGCCAAUGCGCAGUCAACCGUGCCAUUGCAUACGCACCUUAUGCAGAUAUGAUCUGGAUGGAGAGCAAGAUGCCAGAUUAUGCACAAGCCAAGGAAUUUGCAGAUGGGGUGCAUGCAGUAUGGCCCGAGCAGAAAUUAGCAUACAACCUCUCGCCGUCCUUCAACUGGAAAGCCGCCAUGUCCCAGUCUGACCAAGAAACCUACAUCGCUCGCCUUGGACAGUUGGGCUACUGCUGGCAAUUCAUCACCCUAGCUGGUCUACACUCUACCGCGUUGAUCUCGCAUCAAUUCUCCCAGGCAUUUGCCAAACAGGGCAUGCGAGCUUAUGGAUCGCUCAUACAAGAACCAGAAAUGGCUCUCAAAUGCGACGUGGUGACGCAUCAGAAGUGGUCAGGAGCCAAUUAUGUGGAUAAUCUGCUGAAGAUGGUGACUGGAGGUGUGAGCAGUACGAGCGCGAUGGGUAAGGGGGUUACUGAGGAUCAGUUUAAGGGGCAUUGA